CGGGCGGAAGCGCCAUACCCCGCCCAGUUCGUACCCCAAGCGACGUUUUUUGGGGAAGAUUCCCCUUGGGCUCGCCAGUCUGUUUGGAUAUUUACACCGGUGUUGUUAACGUAGCAGCUAGCCACAGAAAUGGCUCUUCUGGAUCUUGCCAUGCAAGGGUUCUCUCUAUUUGGAUUCAUUCUAUUUCUCGUACUCUGGUUUAUGCAUUUCAUGUCCAUCAUCUAUGUCCGACUCUAUCUCAACAAGAAGAGCAGUGACAAGCAGCCCUACAGUAAGCUGGCGGGGGUCUCUCUACUGAAGCCACUGAAAGGAGUAGACCCCAACCUCAUCAAUAACCUGGAGACCUUCUUUGAACUCGACUACCCCAAGUUUGAGAUCCUACUCUGUGUCCAGGACCAUGACGACCCAGCCAUUGAUGUUUGUAAAAAGCUUCUAGGAAAAUAUCCCAACGUUGAUGCUCGGCUAUUUAUAGGAGGAAAGAAGGUUGGCAUCAACCCCAAGAUUAAUAACCUGAUGCCGGGUUAUGAAGGGGCCAAGUAUGACCUGGUGUGGAUCUGCGACAGCGGAAUACGAGUGAAACCGGACACUCUGACCGAUAUGGCCAACCAGAUGACAGAGAAGGUGGGGUUGGUUCAUGGCCUUCCCUACGUGGCCGACAGACAGGGCUUCGCUGCUACACUGGAGCAGGUGUACUUUGGCACGUCCCACCCGCGCUCCUACAUCUCAGCCAACGUGAUGGGUAUUAAGUGUGUGACAGGGAUGUCAUGUUUGAUGAGGAAAGAUAUCUUGGACCAGGCUGGAGGGCUCAUUACCUUCGCUCAGUACAUCGCUGAGGACUACUUUAUGGCGAAGGCCAUUGCUGACAGGGGAUGGAAAUUCUCCAUGGCAACGCAGGUAGCCAUGCAGAACUCCGGGUCCUAUUCAGUUGCUCAGUUCCAGUCCCGCAUGAUCAGAUGGGCCAAGCUUCGUAUCAACAUGCUCCCCGCCACCAUCUGUGAGCCCAUCUCCGAGUGUUUCGUAGCCAGCCUGAUCAUUGGCUGGUCGGCGCAUCACGUAUUCCACUGGGAUAUUAUGGUCUUCUUCAUGUGCCACUGUCUGGCGUGGUUCAUCUCUGAUUACAUCCAGCUCCGAGGAGUCCAGGGCGGCACGCCGGCCUUCUCCAAACUGGACUACGCCGUAGCCUGGUUCAUCAGAGAGUCCAUGACCGUCCAGAUCUUCCUGUCGGCCCUGUGGGACCCCACCAUCAGCUGGAGGACGGGGCGCUACAGGUUACGAUGUGGGGGUACGGCCGAGGAGAUCCUGGACGUAUAGCGAACAGCCUAAGUCCCACCUACAGGGACGCAUAACCCGAGUCCCAUCACCCCCAGGGGCCAGAGACAAUACCAGACACAGACUGAUCAGCAUCCCUAUAUAGUCAGCUACUUUUGACCAGGGCCCUACACCUGCCCAUAUUUUCUGCUCUGGUUAAAGGUAGUGCACUAUAUAGGGAAUAGGGUGCCAUUUGGUAUAUGGCCAGUGCGAGAUGGCAACAUUGAGUGGAAGAAAAUUAACUAUCCUCUAUUGGCGUGAUGGUUAGAAGGAAACUACCCGCUAUGGGCGUGACGGUUAGAAGGAAACUACCCGCUAUGGGCGUGACGGUUAGAAGGAAACUACCCGCUAUGGGCGUGACGGUUAGAAGGAAACUACCC